AUGGGUUCCGUUUAUGCUGCUUCCUUGGCUGCAGUGUCACGUGUUGAACAAGCCUUAAGUGAAGCUGCUAGUUCGCUCAGUUCAUUUACGCCACGACCUGGACCACAGCGACCUUGGAUGAUACAAAUUAAGAUUUGGCUACUACUCGCCGAUGUUUACCUUAAUAUUGAUCAGCCAAAUGAAGCACUGCAUUGCAUACAAGAAGCGUCACAAAUCUAUCCACUUUCACACCAAAUAAUGUUUAUGCGAGGAUUAAUUUGUGUUUACUUGGAGCAAUGGAAUGAUGCUAAACAAUGUUUCUUUAAUGCUGUAGCUGCCAAUCCAAAUCAUACUGAAGCUUUACGUUCUUUAGGUGAAACACAUCAUGUAUUGGGUGAACCACGUUUAGCAGAAAAAUUCCUUAAAGAUGCUGCUAAAUUAGAUCCCAACUGUCCGAGAAUUUGGUUCAGUUUAGGUAAAGUUAUGGAGACAUUGGGUGAUUACGCUGCCUCAGCAGAUUGUAUGGCUACAGCUUUACAACUUGAACCAACUUGUCCAGCUCUUCCGUUAACCUCAAUAGCACUGACCUUUGAUUGAGGAAAAUCAACAAAAUUAUACGUUCAUAUAUGGCAUGUAUUUUAAGUAUUUUUAUGGGAUUAAGUUAAUUUUUAUUUACUGCAGGGAAAAAUUAUUCAGUUUAAGAUAGAAAUUAUUUGUGCGUACGGCUAGUAAAAUUAGUACAUAUUUUAUAUAAAUUAUAACUUAAAGCAUUUAGUUUGUUCUUGUUAAUAUUUAAACAUAUUGUUGUAGUAAUUCUCUAGGGAAUUCUAAAAAACCUUGUUAAAUGUAGCAAACAAAAACACAAAUAGCGAUAUAAUCAGCAACACAUGUUUAAAGUUAGCAGUUGUUAGUUGUUCAUGUUACUUCAUAUGUUGCAAUAUUAGCUGA